AUGGCUUCGCCCUCAGCCACAGACUCUCCAGAAGAGGAGAGCACCGAUGUCCCCGAGGUGACGCAAACAGAGACGAGAGCGGCCGUGUCGCGACUCCGGGCUAAGAACACAGCGCCCGGACCCGACGGAGUUCCUGGUCGAGCUCUCGUCCUGGCUCUGAAGGAGCUAGAGCCCCAGCUGAGGGGGCUCUUCACGGCAUGUCUCGAGCAGGAUCGCCUCGUCAGCCACUUGUGCAGAGAGGGGCCGGACCUGGACGAGAACCAGUUUGGUUUUCGUCGCGGGCGCUCCACCAUAGACGCUAUUACGCGCGUGAGGGCCCUGGCGGAGGAGACAGUAUCCCGGGGUGGGGUGGUUCUGGCGGUGUCCUUAGACAUCUCCAACGCCUUCAACACCCUACCCUGGAGUUGUAUUCGGGAGGCGCUGAAUUACCAUCGCGUACCUCCCUACCUCCGCCGCACAAUAGGGGCUUACCUUGAGGAGAGAUGCGUUACCUAUCGGGGACGUGACGGCGCUGGUCGGCGCGUCAUGUCGUGCGGUGUUCCGCAGGGAUCGGUCUUGGGACCGCUCCUGUGGAACAUCGGCUACGACUGGGUGCUGAGAGGUGAACUCCCGUCGGGCGCCGACUUGACGUGUUAUGCGGACGACACGCUCGUCACUGCCCGGGGGAGUUCACACAGGGAAGCAACGUUGGUUGCCACGGCUGCGGUGUCACAAGUAUUUAUUCUGGUGUGCGCAGUGGCGACGGCUCAGGCUGGGGGCAUUCUAUCACCCAUUGGAGUUUAUGGAGGCCUUGGAUCUUGGAAUCCUUACAGUUCAUAUCCAGCACAGCCAGCGAUUUCUUCACAACAUUCCAAUAUACUGAGAUCACCAUUUAAUCUCGCACAGGUAUCAACCUUCUCUAAGGCUGUUGACACACCAUUCUCCAGCGUUCGCAAGUCUGAUGUGCGAAUCAGUAAUCCUGGAGUAGCAAUUGCGCCAGCUUAUCACAGUUAUGCGUCGCCUUUGGUAUCGCACUAUGGUGUAGCAGCACCUUUAGCUGCUCCCGUCGCCAAAGUAGCUGGAGGUCUCCUAGGCGUGGCGUAUUCUGCUGCCCCGGCUGUGUCUCACAUGACAUACACCAACGGUCUCGGUCUAUCUUACGCUUGGUAA